GCCGAUAAGUGGCCCGGUACCCAAGUGUCUGCCCACCUAAGGUCCAAAUUCGCUCGAAGAGCACAGGAUGACAAGCGACCCCACAGUGCCGCCUCCGCCAACGUACAGCAACUCCGCCGCCAUCCAGUUGUCGGAAAAUCCGCCAUUGCUGCCGCUUCUUCCUUCCUCCGACAACCUUGCCGCCGCACUCGCCUCCCCGUCGCUGACCAUGGUUCCCUCCCUCUCUCUCUGCUGUCUACUCACAUUUGCUGAGCAAGAUGCACGAGUUUUUCCUUUUCAGACCGAGCUACGGAGCAACAAUGGAGUAGCAGACCGAUUACCGGACGAAAUUCCCAAUUUACCUCAUUUCGAUGUUCUAGAUGGCAAGGAGUAUGCUGAGAAGUACCGGAAGUAUGAAUCGGAAUACACUCAGAUGCUAUUGGCCAAAUACUUCUCCGGGAAGAAUAUCUACGGAGGGAACAUCUUCGAGGAGAAAACGAUGAUUGGUGGUGAGACCAUUAUGUCUAGCAGGUGGCCUUGUACGCGGUCAUAUGCGCAACCGACGCAGUUCUUUCAUGAACAGAACAACAAAGGCUCAGCUUUCUCGGAGAAAAACCCUAGUGAAAUCUCCAAUGGAUUUGUUCAGUCAGGGAAGAACUGUUGAGUAGGCUUCCUUCUUCUACUUUGCGUUAGAGAAGAGGAGAAAGACAUUGUAAAUUUUCAAUGUUACAGAAAGAAAGAGUUCCGGCUCUGCCUGCUUAA